UGUGGAGUUUCGACUUUGGAGUUUUGUUUUCAUUGCCAGGUUAUUUUCAAAAGAGGUUAAUAGAAGGAACAAAUUCUUAAAAAAUUAGCCCUUUUCUAUUAUAUACUACAAUUUAUGUAAUUAUCGUUAUAAAUUAUUUGCAUGUCUUCAGGCCUGACAUUAAUGUCUAAAAGUGUAGGUACAAUAAUACUGAGGUGUGAGAAGGAAAAUUUGUUACAUUGUUAGAAAAAGUGAGGAAACAGCAACGAACGAUUUUUUCGUAGGCACACGAGUAGUCUACUGCCAGCCGGAGGCCUAUGCACCAUUAAUAGCUUUCAUUAAAGCUCCAAAGGUCGAGCACCUUACACGAUGGUUGCUACAUGUUCUGCAUACAAUUGCAGCAACAGAUUUAAGAAAGGAAGUGAUAUCUCAUUUUAUCAUUUCCCAAAAGAUCCCGACCUGAGAAAAAAAUGGAUAAUAGCAACAAAAAGGAAAGAUUUUGAGCCUUCGAAGUGGAGUAAACUGUGCAGUGAACAUUUUUCCACAGAUGCAUUCCAAAUAAGGCCAAACGCCUUUUUCAAGCUUUUGAAUCCUGGAGCAAUACCUACAAUUUUUGAGUUUCCCGAGCAUCGGAAGCCUAAACCCACGAAGAAAAGAAGGACGAUUGUGAAAGCACAGGUGCCUUCCAAUCCACAGGCAGCCGACAUUGAUGCUGCAGUACAGCGCUCCCCAAAUACUCUUGAAACAGAUUAUCCAGCUGGAGAGAAGAGGAUGGAUGCUGGUAACUUGAACAAAGAUGGAGAAAGUGAAGAGAAACCAGAAUGGAUGGGGAACAGUGCUGAAACAAGUCAACAAGGAGGAGUGACAUUGGUGAAUGAAGAAUCUCCUGAAAAUUGUAAUGUUGAACAACCAAUUGAACAAGAACUUGUGACAGUGAAGGAAAAAGAAUUAGAAAGAGAAGCAUUUGUCCAUGCGUUUGAAGAAGUGAUUGUGAAAGAAGAAUAUUUUAUAGAGGAGGAAGAGGGUGACUAUGAAGAGGAGACAGAAGGUGAGGGAGAUGAGAACAGUGCAAGGGCAAUGGAAGAGAGUGCUGUCAUUGGAGAAUCACAUGAUCCAAUAGGAGAUGAGAAUCUUGAGACUUCUAAAGAAGAUGUUGUGAGUGUAAAAGAAGAUUAUGAUGAUGAACUGUUUCAUCAAGAGUUGAUAAUCAAAGAUGAAGAGUUUGACAUUGUUUGGGACAUGUCACAAGAAGAAGGAAACGUAGAAGUUAAAGUGGAAGAUGAAAAAGAAAUACGAGAAGAAGAAGAGUUGAUAAUAAAAGAUGAAGAGUGUGAAAUUACUUGCGACUACAUAGAAGAAGCAGAAGAAGAAAACGAAGAAGAUAAAGUGGAAGAGGAAAAAGAAAUACGAGAAGGAGAAGAUUAUGAUAAUGAUGAUGAUGAAUUUAAUGAUCCAUUGCUAGAAGAGCACAUAGAUGUUUGCAGGGAUGGAAGUCCUUUCAGAUGUCCAGUUCGCAAUAAAGAAUUUUCCCAUAAUGUACAUUUGAAGAUACAUUUUCGAUCCCAUACUGGAGAAAAACCUUAUAAGUGUUCAAUCUGCCAUAAAGAGUUUGCGCAUAAGUCAAAUUUGGUUAUACAUGAGAGAACCCAUUCAGGUGAAAGACCCUAUAUAUGUUCAAUCUGCCAUAAAGGGUUUACUAGGAAGACAAUCUUGAAUGAUCAUGAGAGAACCCAUUCAGGCGAAAAACCCUUUAAAUGUUCAGUCUGCGAAAAAGUAUUCUCUCAGAGAGGACAUUUGAAUGUACAUGAGAGAAGCCAUUUGGGAGAAAAACGCCAUAAGUAUAAGUGUGCAAUCUGUCCUAAAGAGUUCGCUCAGAAGUCACAUUUGAAUUUACAUGAGAGGUCCCAUUCAGGUGAACGACCCCAUAUAUGUUCAAUCUGCCAUGAAGGGUUCACUCAGAAGAAAAUCUUGGAUGAACAUGUGAGAACUCAUUCAGGUGAAAGACCCUAUAAAUGUUUAAUCUGCCAUAAAGAUUUCGCUCAAAGGGGAACUUUUUUUAGGCAUAAGCUGACUCAUUCAGGUGAGAGACUACACAAAUGUCCAGUCUGCUUUAAAGCAUUCGCUCAAAAGUCAAAUUUAAACAUACAUGAGAGAAUUCAUUCAGGAGAAAAACCCUAUAAAUGUUUAGUCUGCAAUGAAGCAUUCUCACGAAAGGAUAGUUUGAAUAUACUAAGAGGAAAACUCACUCAUGAAAAAUACCAUUAAUGUUCUUUCUCUCCUCAUUUGCUUAUCUCGGCAUCACCCUCAGUAUUAUUAUUAAUAAUAUUAGUAAAUAUGGUGUUGCUGGCUCAUGUGAUGCUCAUUCAUGUCAUAACUAGACCACUGAUGAUUUGAAACCUAGCACAAAUAUGUCGAAUUUACCAGGGUUGGUAGUGGGUUUUUUUAUCCAUCAAUCACCUUUAUUCAAUAUUUAAAAUUAUAGGUAAUAUAUGGUGAUAUAUUUCGUAUUUUCUCAACAUAACCUACUAAUAUCGGGGACCGAGCUUCGCUCUGGAGUACAAAAGCAUAAAAAAUUAAUUACGAAAGAAGAAAUUAUAAUAACAUUCAUAGUUUCAUAUAGAAAUGUUCUAUCUAAUCACAGUAAAUUG